UGAGCACAGUGUUUUCCCCUGCUUCUCUCCUUUUCAGACAAGCAAAAUUGUUCUAUGCUGCCGUAGAUGUGAACUCCUUGCUGCGCUGUUUCUGUCUCUUCUUUUCCAGAAACUCAGGGGCCUGAAUUACCAGCUGCGGAGAUUUAAAAGCUCUCACAGAAUCUGGAUGGAAUAUGGACAAGGAGAUGAAUAGCAGAAGGGAAGAAAGAGUGAAGUUGGUUAUUUUUCUGGCACAUGGAUGCAAUUACACUCAGUGCAUUCCAGAGGCGUUCCUUUGAAUCCUGUGCAGGUCUGCCUGCUGUUCCUGGGAGAAAGGAAGAAAAAGGGAGGAAAAGUCCCUCUUGCUGGAGACGGAAUGUCUGCACUUUCAAUUCUCUUUUUAGCUUCCUGUUCUGUUUGGCUGUCUGAGGCUCAGACUGAAUUUAAGAGAGUGGCUGAAGAAAACGUGACGUUGCCCUGUCACCACCGCCUGGGCCUCCUGGAGCAAGGAAGUCUGGAUAUUGAGUGGCUGCUGCACAUUUCCGAAACAGUACAGAAAGCGGUGAUCACUUACUCUGGAGGCCGUGUUUAUGACGACCUGAAUGAGGAACAGAAAGGGCGCGUUUCCUUCACAUCCAACUUCCUUGCUGGAGAUGCAUCCUUGCAAAUCAUAUCCCUGCAAUCCAGCGAUGCGGGGAAAUACAUCUGUAAGGUUAAAAAUGCUGGGCAGUACGAAUGGGCUCGCAUCACCCUGAAGGUUGUAGAAAAACCUUCCAAGCCCAAAUGCUGGCUGGAAGGGGAGCUGUCGGAAGGAAAGGAAGUGUCCUUGCAGUGCCGUUCCUCCUCUGGCACCGCACCCAUCUCCUACCGAUGGCAGCGCAUAAAUGAGGAAGACGAGAGAGCUGAACAUCUCCCGCCUACAUCAAGAGUCAACAUUUCUAAUCCCGGGCAAGUUGUACUGAAGAAUCUUACGCAGAUGAGCACUGGGUUAUACCAAUGCAUUGCCACCAACGAGGCUGGACAAGAAAGCUGUGUUGUUCAGGUGACAGUGCAGCGUAAGUAUUGGCAC